GUGCUGUGUUUAAAGCGGCGCAGAAGCUCGGUGGAGUUGUCGGUUUGAAAGUUUUGUAGUUUUUUUGUAGUUUUGUAGUUUCUGUAGUUUCAUUUGACGUCUUCUUCACGCCUUUGUCCGUGUCCGUUCUGACCUCGCACUUGUCGGUGAGUCGUGAUCAGAUCCAGGACAAAUCCAGGGCAGAUCCGGAGACAUGAACGCCCUUCUGAGGCGCUGGAGACUCGGCUGCUGUCUGCGCUCUGUGGCCGCCUCCGGAGGUGGCGCCGUGAGAGCUCGCUGCACGACCUUUGAUGUGCGUCGGGUGGAGCUGGUGCCGCUGGAGCAGAGGAAGCUCACGUUUGACUCCCACGCUGUCGCCAUGGAGCUGGAGAAACACGGUUUUGAGAAGUCUCAGGCGGAGCUGAUCGUGGCGGCGUUGGUGACUCUGACCGUCACCAACAUGGACAUGGUUUACAAAGACAUGGUCACCAAGUCCCACCAGGAGAUCGCGCUCCAGCAGAUCAUGGCGCAUCUGGACUCGAUCCGCAAAGACAUGGUGAUCCUCGAGAAGAGCGACUUCGCCAACCUGCGCUCCGAGAACACAAAAAUGAAGCGAGAACUUGAGCAGCUCCAGCGCAGACUCACUGAAGAGAGUCAGAAAGUGCGCGCUGAGGCAAAACUCGACUUCAACCUGGAGAGCAGCCGCAUGUCGGACAUGUUCACAGAUCAGGAGAAGAAGCUGAUGGAGGCCAGCACAGAGUUUCACACAAAGAAGUCCGACCUGGACCACGAUUACAUGGAGAUAAACAAGAAAAUCGACCUGGAGGUGGCGUCGUUGAAAACUCUGCUGGAGUCGCUCAAACUGGAGACGGUGCGAUACCUGGCAGCCACACUCUUCUGCUGCCUCGCCGUCGUUUUGGGAGUUUACCGACUUUGGAAGUAACAAGCCCAAAGAAAAUAUUUUUAUAAUUAAUUUACAUGUAAAUUAUAAAUGUCUUUUUAUAAACUGCAUGAGUUUUAAUGACCUAAUGAAAUAUAUUUAAAUAUU